AUGCUCACUAUACUAAGCCUUUUUUAUAUAUUCGGUUCUCUGGCUGCUGUAACUGAUGAGUCAUGUCAUUCUCACUGUUACGAGGGGAAAAUGCCAACAUGCGGCACAUGGCUCAUAAGUGAAAACAACUCUGGUAUAGCAGGAGCGUACGAGCUUAAUAAAGGAAUAGUAAACAUGACAUGCGAAUUUUCCUCAUUGCCCGAACCAGCUAUCGUCUCUUGGGUGCAUAAAGCUGUUAAUACAAAUAGCUGGAAAACUUUCCCAUGUUCGACAAAAAACGAAGAAAAAAUUUGCGGGAGCUCUGAACACAGAGUAAUAUCGCGAUGUGUUUUACGUGCAACCGAUCUCAAUAUGUCUGGUAGUUAUCGUUGUCAGGCAUCCAACAAUAACCCAAUAGUUACUGAAAAUCAUAAAGCAUAUGGAUCUGAGUUUGACAUAAGUGUUGUAGGGAUAUCAAGCGUAAAAGUUAUCAACUAUACUCUAAAACAGAAACAACUAGGAAAUAUUAUCAUUGAGGUUUGUGCCAACCCAAAGCCUGAAGUGUACUGGCUAUCUUCUGAAAGUAUCGUGACUUCUCAUACCGGGACAGACAGGCUUAUUGUUGCUCACUUACAUCACCAAAAAACCCGAUUAGAUGCGAGUGGUCCAGCUUCUGUAGUACCUUAUUGCUAUUUGAGCGAAUUAUACAUACGGAACGUGGAGCCAGACGAUCAAGACAUAAAAGUAUUAGUAAAGACUGAAAAUUCCAUGGAAAUUCGUCACUUAUCUUUACGAGUUUCCGGCAGCUCAAAGUUCGGUUUUGGUUCAAUUUUUCAAAUCUUAGGUUUAUUAAUGUUAAUAAUGAUUUAA